GGCACAGGUCUUAUUUUUAGCGGCGGGGUGAGUUCGUGGAUAGUUUAGGGCUUCCAGGUUCCGUGGGUUUUACUGGCCCUGGAUUGUUGGUGGUGUUAGGUGCAGUUGAGUUGGUUCCAACUUACAGCGACCUUAUGCACAACAGAACUAAACACUGCCCGGUUGGACACCAUCCUCACAAUGGUUGCUGUGCUUCAGCCCACUGUUGUAGCCACUGUGUCAAUCCAUCUCAUCGAGGGUCUUCCUCUUUUCAGCUGACCCUCAACCUUACCAAGCUCUGGACUACAUCUCCCAUAAACCUCUGGGACCCAACUAACCUCGGUCUCCGGUCUAUUUCCGGUGUCCCCACGGUUCUUGGCUCUGCAAGGGCUGCCACAUAAGAAGGGCCCUGAGGCAGAGGAAACAAUUGUUGCAUAUUUAGAAAUUAAAAUCCAGCUCUGACUUCUCUGGACGCUGUGCUUCACCAGUAGAGGAACCCCAUGGAGGAUUAAUUUGUUCUUGAAAUCCUAGGACCAUGACUGACGGAUUGGUGACGUUCAGGGACGUGGCCAUUGCCUUCUCUCAGGAGGAGUGGGAAUGCCUGGACCCUGCUCAGAGGGACUUGUACGUGGAUGUGAUGCUGGAGAAUUACAGCAACUUGGUCUCCCUGGAUUUGGAGUCAACCUAUGAGACCAAAAAUACAUUUUCAGAAAAGGAUAUUUUUGAAAUAAAUUUUUCCCAGUGGGAGAUAAAGGAAAAAAGUAAAACUCUUGCCCUUGAGGCCUCCAUUCUUAGAAAUGAUUGGAAGUGCAGAAGCAAAUUCGAGAGACUCCCGGGACACCAAGAGGGAUAUUUCAGUCAAAUGAUAAUCAGCUAUGAAAACAUGCUCACUUACAAAAAAACUAAAUCAUUUACUCCACAUCAGAGAAUUCGUCAUAGAGAGAAACCCUAUGUAUGUAAGGAAUGUGGGAAGGCCUUUCAUCAUGGUUCAAAACUCGUUCAACAUGAGAGAACUCAUUCUGCUGAAAAACACUUUGACUGUAAAGAAUGUGGGAAGACCUUUUUUAGUGCCUAUCAACUUACUGUGCAUCAGAGAUGGCAUACUGGUGAGAAACCCUACGAAUGUAAGGAAUGUGGGAAGACCUUUAGUUGGGGAUCAAGCCUUGUUAAACAUGAGAGACUUCAUACUGGUGAGAAGCCCUAUCAAUGUAAAGAAUGUGGGAAGGCCUUUAGUCGUGGCUAUCAACUUACUCAACAUCAGAAAAUUCAUAUUGGUGUGAAAUCUUAUGAAUGUAAAAAAUGUGGGAAGGCCUUUUUUUGGGGCUCCAGCCUUGUUAAACAUGAGAUAAUUCAUACUGGUGAGAAACCUCAUGAAUGUAAAGAAUGUGGGAAGGCCUUCAGUCGUGGCUAUCAACUCACUCAGCAUCGUAAAAUUCAUACUGGUGAGAAACCUUAUGAAUGUAAAAUAUGUGGAAAGGCUUUUUGUUGGGGCUAUCAACUGACUCGACACCAGAUAUUUCAUACUGUUGAGAAACCCUAUGAAUGUAAGGAAUGUGGGAAGGCCUUUAAUUGUGGCUCAAGUCUAGUUCAACAUGAAAGAAUACAUACUGGUGAGAAACCCUAUCAAUGUAAAGAAUGUGGGAAGGCCUUUAGUCGUGGUUAUUAUCUUACUCAACAUCAGAAAAUUCAUACUGGUGAGAAGCCUUAUGAAUGUAAAGAAUGUGGGAAAGCCUUCAGUUGGGGUUCAAGCCUUGUUAAACACGAGAGAAUCCAUGCUGGUGAGAAAUCCUAUGAAUGUAAAGAAUGCGGGAAGGCGUUUUGUAGUGGGUACCAACUUACUCGACAUCAGAUAUUUCAUACUGGUGAGAAACCCUAUGAAUGUAAGGAAUGUGGGAAGUCCUUUAAUUGUGGCUCAAGCCUUGUUCAACAUGAGAGAAUCCAUACUGGUGAGAAACCCUAUCAAUGUAAAGAAUGUGGAAAAGCCUUUAGUCGAGGCUAUCACCUUACUCAACAUCAGAAAAUUCAUACUGGUGAGAAACCUUUUAAAUGUAAGGAAUGUGGGAAGACCUUUAGUUGGCGUUGGGGCCUAGUUAAACAUGAGAGAGUGCAUACUGGUGAGAAGCCUUAUGAAUGUAAAGAAUGUGGGAAGGCCUUUGGUAGUGGCUAUCAACUUAGUAUUCAUCAGAGAUUUCAUACUGGUGAGAAACCUUAUCAAUGUAAGGAAUGUGGAAAGACCUAUAUUCGUGCCUCAAGCCUUGCUCAACAUGAAAGAAUUCAUAGUAGUGAUAAACCCUAUGAAUACAAAGAAUGUGGGGAGGCCUUUACAUGGAUACCUUACUCAAAUAAGAAAAUUCAUAUUGGUGAAACUUUAUGAAUUUAAGAGAUGCAAAAUAUUUUUUUGUGUGUAUGGACAACUUACUGAACAUGAGACAAAAAUCCUACUCUGGAGAAACCCUAUGAAUGUAAAGAGUGAUUAGAAGCCUUUCCUGAGUAUGGGCAACUUACUUGAUAACAGCAAAUUAUACUAGUGAAAAACGUUUUGAAUACAAAGGAUAUGAAAAGGCCUUUGGACAUCUGUAUAAUCCUAAUGAAUUUAAAUUUAUACCUGUUUGAAGCCCUUAAACGUAAGAAAUGUGGGGAAAUCUUUAUCCAUGGCCCAAAGCUUAUUCAAUGUCAGAGAAUUUAUCCUUGUGAGAAACACUUUAAGGAAUGAGAGAAGGACCUAAACUGAAUUCAGUUCUGACUGCACACCAGAGAACUCAUACUGCUGUGAAAUCCUCUGACUGUAAUGAACAAGCCUGUAGACAUGGUAGAUAUCUUAGAGUACACCAGAGAAUUCAUCCUAAUUAGAGACCCUUUGAAUUAGAAUUGUAGGACGGUCUUUAGACCAGUGCUACUAAGUGUUGCCCACAGACUGGUACCAGUCCACAAAGUAUUAUAUGUCCAUCAUGAGGUAAAUACAAAAACUGAGAGUAAGUAUUUGGACAUUUUAAAUUUCAUGUUGCCACAACAUGGCUAUUGUAUUUUACAAAAGUAUCAGUUCAUAAAUGAUUGGAAAUUAAAAAUGAAAAUUGAUCCUUCACGAGAAAUAGUUUGAGAGACAACAUUCACCUUUUUAAAACAUGAGAGAAAUCACAACACACUUUAAUCAGUAUAGGAAAGCCUUCACCGAUCUGAGUAGCAGAAUAUAUUACAGGAAGAAACGGUGAAUGCAGCAAUCACUCUCCUCAUGCUCGUACCAUAAGAGAAUUGAUGACAGAUGUGUUCAUGUAGCGAAUGCAUAGACGCCUUCCAAAACCAUUUAAUCUUUGUUAAGUUUCAGCAAACUCAUCUAAAGAAUAACUCUGUUAAGGUAACAAAUGUAGGGAAAUCUUUAUUUGUGGCACAAACUAUAGUUUACUGUCUCAAAGUGCCAUCUGUAGGAUUUUGAGGAAAAUGCGUAUUUCCUCUGGCCAUCAUGCGUAAAAUGCUGUGGUAAAAACCCAUUGCCCUUGAGUUGGUUCUGACUCAUAAUGAUGCUUUAAAACCAAAACACCAAACCCAUUGCCAUCAAGUGUAUUCCAACUGUUAGUGACCCUAUAGGACAGAGUACACCUGCCCCAUAGGGUUUCUAAGGCUGUAAUCUUUAUGGAAGCAGACUGCACAUCCUUCUGCCAUGGAGCGGCUGGUGGGUUUGAACUGCCUACCUUUCAGUUAACAGCCAAGCUCUUAACCACUGCGCCACUGUGCCGUUGUAGAGAUUGAAUGGUUUAGUAUGUGUCACAUCCUUGGAAGAGUAUCUGGUAUGUAACCUACACUCAAUAUGUAUUAGCUAUUUUCCUAAUUAUUAUCAUUAACAUUACUACUAGUGAAUUCUUAGGGGAGAAAGGCCCCUUUGGUACAACGAAUUUAGAAAAGGUAACUACUGACCCAUUUGAAUUUCAGAUAGUUUUGGGUAAAAUCUACUAAAACAUAAGGAACCAGAGAGGAUUUUCAUUCAGAGCUCAUUUCUUAAGCUGUAUCAGAAAUUACUGAUUGUUAACAUUUGACCGCAUUUGCUGUUUCUCUAAAUGUAUAUGUAUGUAUGCUCAUGUACCAUUUGAUUUAAGAUGUAGAAACCAUGAUACUUCAUCUUUGAACACAUCAGCAUAUAUAUUCUAAGAAUAAGAACAGCCUUAUUCUGAAUUCGAAUACCAUGGUUACACAAGAAAAAUUAACAGUAAUCCGUCAGUAUCUGUUUGUAUUUACUUCGUAUUUUCCAGUUCUCCCAAGAAUCUAUCGUAUUGGUUUUUAUUUAUAACCAGCAUCCUCUUUAGAUUCAUCCAUUGCAUCUGGUUGUCAUUCCUCUAGAUUUUAGUCUUGAACAAACUGUUUGAAGAGUUCAAGAAAGCUUUUCUGUAGAAUGCCACACAUUCUAGGUUUGUUUCUUUUCCUUGUGGUGAAAUUUAAUUUGUGCCUCUAUUAUUUGUAUUUUUCAUAAAAUGAAGUUAGAGCUAGAGGUUUAGAUAUUUUUGGGCCAGAACACUUCAUAGGUGGUGAUGUGUACUCACAUUGCAACACAUCAGAAGCACAUAAUGUCUGUUUUUCCUAUUACUGAUGCUGUUUGAUCACUUGAUAUCUUAAAGAUGGUGACUGCUAGAGCUCCCCACAUAAAGUUUUAUGUAUAUAUAUAUAUACAUACAUACACAUAUAUAAUAUAUAUAUUUGUAUAUUGUGUAUAGAUAUACAAUUAAUACAAUGGGUAAACUUUUGGAAAUUUAUAAUCAUAUAUAUAUAAAUUCUGAAUUAAAAAGAAAUUGAAACAUAGAUUUUGAGAAAAGAUUGCUAAUGAAAUGAUUGUGUAUCAGAACUUGUAGGAUAUAGCUGAUGCUUUACUCAGUGGAAGAAUAAUACCUUUAAUGCACCUUGGAGGAAACCAAGAUGGAGGGCCAGAACUAUGUCUUGUUCACCACCCUUCCCCCACACCUACAUAGUGCCUCUAGCAUUGAACUCAGGAAGCCACAGAAAUAACAAAUCCUAAGCCAAUAUAUAGGAGCAAUUGAUAACGACUAAAAUUAGAGAUUAAUAAUUAGGAAUGAAAACAGCAGUCUCCUGCCAGUAUUUUUCUGUGGAAAGCCCAUUAACUUCAACUAGAUUUUCGUAGAUCUGAACAAGGACAAAGAAAGAAAGACAACAUUAUAGAAUCAUGAGUAAGAAAGCAGAUGUAAUUACAGAUAUGGAGGAGAUUUUUCAGAUUUAAGGUAAUAUAAUGUUUAAACCUGAUUGAAACAGUAAAGGAAAAGGUUGAAAAUUUGGUCCAAGAUCUCCCUUUUAGAAACAACAUUUGGAAACUGUUAACUCCUUAGGUAGAAAUUUCAAUGUGAAAAUCACUAAAGAUUUUGUUAGUUCAUAUUACAUGGAUAACACAAUAACAAAACUGGAUGGAGAUAGAUUUUAAAAAGCAAAAGCUAGAUGAAGGCAUUGGUGAAAAACAAGGCUCCAGGAAUUGAUGGAAUACCGAUUGAGAUGUUUCAACAAAUGGACACAGAGCUGGAAGUGCUUAUUCAUCUAUGCCAAGAAAUCUGGAAGACGGCUACCUGGCCAACCAACUGGAAGAGAUCCAUAUUUAUGCUUAUUCCCAAGAAAGAAUGUGGAAAUUAUUGAACAAUAUCAUUUGUAACACAUGCAAGUAAUAUUUUGCUGACGAUCAUGCAAAAGCAGCUGCAGCGGUAUAUUGACAGGGAACUGCCAGAAAUUCAAGCUGGAUUCAGAAGACGAUGUGGAACCAGGAAUAUCAUUGCUGAUGUCAGAUGGAUCCUGACUGAAAGCAGAGAAUACCAGAAAGAUGUUUACCUGUAUUUUAUUGGCUAUGCAAAGGCAUUUGACUGUGUGGACAUUAUCAAACUAUGGAUAACAUUGCAAAGAAUGAGAAUUCCAGAACACUUAAUUGUGCUCAUGAGGAACCUGUACAUAGAUCAAGAGCAGUUGUUGGAACAGAACAAGGGGAUACUGCAUGGUUUAAAGUCAGGAAAGGUGUUUGUCAGGGUUGUAUCCUUUUACCAUACUUAUUCAAUCUGUAUGCUGAGCAAAUAAAGAAGCUGGACUAUAUGAAGAAGAACAAGGCAUCAGGAUUGGAGGAAAACUCAUUAACAACCUCUGUUAUGCAGAUGACACAACCUUGCUUGCUGAAAGUGAAGAGGACUUCAAGCACUUACUGAUGAAGAUCAAAGACCACAGGCUUCAGUAUGGAUUAUACCUCAACAUAAAACAAAAAUCCUCACAACUGGACAAAUAAGCAACAUCAUGAUAAACAGAGAAAAGACUGAAGUUGUCAAGGAUUUCAUUAUACUUGGAUCCACUAUCAACACCCGUGGAAACAGCAGUUAAGAAAUGAAAAGAUGCAUUGGGCACAUCUACUGCCAAAGACCUCUUUCAGGUGUUGAAAAGCAAGAUGUCACCUUGAAGACUAAGGUGUGCCUGACCCAAGCCAUGGUUGUUUUCAGUCACUUUAUGUGCAUGCAAAAGCUGGACAAUGAAUAAGAAGACCGAAGAAGGAUUGACACCUUUGAAUUGUGUUGUUGGAGAAGAAUACUGAAUAUACCAUGGACUGCCAAAAGAACGAACAAAUCUGUCUUGGAAGAAGUACAACCAGAAUGCUCCUUAGAAGCAAGAAUGGUGAUACUGUGUCUCACAAUCUUUGGACAUGUUACCGGGAGGGACCAGUCCCUGGAGAAGGACAUCAUGCUUGGUAAAGUAGAGGGUCGGCAAAAAGAGAAAAACUCUCAAUGAGAUGGAUUGAUAUAUUGGCUGCAACAAUGGGCUCAAGCAUGACAAGGAUUGUGAGGAUGACGUAGGUUCGGGCAGUGUUUCAUUCUUUUGUACCUAGGGUCACUAUGAGUUGGAACUGACUCAACAGCACCUAACAACAACAACAAAUGCAAAAAUUCUAAUUAAAAUAUCAGCAAACAGAAUCCAAAUGUCUACUAUAGGAAUUGUGCAAUAGGAAAUAAUUUGUAUGGAAUAUCCAGACUCAAACUUUUCUAAAUACAUUUUCUAAAUAUAAAUACAGGGUAACUGACAGGGAAAAAUAUGGAACCAGCACGAAUAAUCUAAAUUAGUUCUUACACUUUUCAUCGAUUUUAUGGCUUUUGAAAUAGGAAUCCAAAUAGAUAAUGAUUUCAUUCUAAAAACCUUUUUAUAGUUUAAUAUUUGGAGAUCAGAAUGCAUCUUAAAAUUGAUGGCUUUUCAUAAUCAUUUUUCAGUCAGGUGGCUGUAAUGACUUAGUGCUAGCAUCAAAGCAUAUUAGUUAGGAUGAACUAGAGUAUGUGUAUGUGUUUAUAUACUCACACAGUUGGAAUUCAACCCUUUAAAAUUUAUUUCUUUCCAAAAACAAGAAUGCCAGUUCCAUCAAAACUUUUGCAUUGACAGCCAAAUCCUGUAGUGUCAUACUAGUUGUCCAUUGUAACCCGUACCUCACCUUGGUGUCCAUUUUGUACAGAUAGGGCAUCCAUGGUAUCACCGGUCAGUCAUUCACCAUCCGGUAGUUGACAGCAUUGUUCUAAGUGAUUUCAGAUUUUAAAUCAAAUAUAACACAAAGCAGAAUAUUUUGAGUGAUUUAACAGAAUAAAUCAUUGCUAAUAGAUUAAUGUGUUAUUCCUCCCGAAUACCGUAUUUGCAUGUUAACCAGGGUCGUGGAAACAGUGCCUUAUCCCAGCAUUUCUGAAAUUAAGUGCCAAGGAUCACCUUGUUCAUUAGUACUGGAAAAGCAACGGGGGAUUCUCUAAUUAAAGAAGCUUAUGACGUUAACAUCUACUGAACCUCUUCAUUAACAACCAAAAGCACUUUACUAGCUCAUCAAAAGACUAGAGAGUAACAAGAAAAUUGUGUAACUUGUUUAGAUUGGUGUAUCUCAAACUUCACCAUGGAAAUCCUCAUUCUCAUUACCUGUUGCUGUCUUAGGGAUGUGAACCCACAUUGCGAAAUGCUGUCUCAACCAAAAGAGUGACUCUAAAGUUGGAAAUUUUAGUCACCAGGUGUGGUUAGCCAUGACAAAAUAACCGACAGCAUCAGGCCCUCAGUGUUUCCUCUUAGUUGUAAGUAAAUCAUCUUUGUUGUUAACUAAGUAGGAAUAGCUCCUGAAUUUUAUCAGGUGCCAUUUCAUCAUCUCUUUCUGCAAUUUAAUUUGUUGAUGUGUCAAUUUAUACUGAGAUUCUUUGACUUUUCUCUGUUCUUGGAUAUACCAAAGUUUGCCAUAGUGUAUUAUUUUUUUGUUGCACUGUUUGAUUCAUCUGUUACUAUUUUAUUUAGGAUAUUUGCAUCUCAUGAGUGAGAUUGUAUAUCAAAUUUCUUUAUUAUUGUAUUUUUUCUCUUCUGAUAUUUCAGUGACUUGUGCUUUAAAUGUUAAAACUUGCCUUAAAAACCAUAUGCUCUAUUGGAUUGUUUUGUUUUUUCAUUGGAGAUCUUUAAUACUUUCGUAUUUCCAUUUGCUGCUUUCCUUGUCUUUGAAUUUUGACUUCGGACACAACAAAGUUCCUGAGUGCCCAGCACAAUUCCUUUAAGGACCCUUUUCAUAUCCAUGUACUACCAGCAAGAUCCACAUUAAAGGAACAUACUAACAUGGCCCCUCAUUGAACAGUCCAUCAUUAUGAGUUCUUGGGAAUGCUGUGUUGGGAAGUCAGAGCUUCUUAUAGGGCUGCUGUGAUCACAUUUGUACAUGUCUUUUGGACAUAUACCUGGCAGUAGAAUUGCUUGGUCAUGGCCAUGGGUAUGCUUAUAUUCGACUUUAGUAAGUUUAAAUUCUGCUAAACUUAGAUUUCCAAACAAAUGUAGCAAGUAACACUCCUACCAGCAGUCUAUGAGUGUUGUUUUCUCCCCGUCCUUGACAAUAUUUGGUAUCAUCACCCCCCUCCCCCCCCCCCACACACAAUUUAGUGGUCUCUGAUUGUGAUAAUUGUGGUUUACAUUUCUAUUUUUCUGAUUACUUACAGGCUAUUUGCGAUCUCAUUACGCUCCUUGCUCCUGGCCCUGGAUGAAUGUGACUAGUUUCACAAUGCAUCUGUAAAACUUGUAGGACAAUACUUAGCACAUAGUCCAUGACUGCGUGUUAUGUGUAUCUUCAUCCCCCACCAGAUCAUGAGCACCCAGCAUGGAUCAUGCCCCUUAAUUGCUUGAUUCAGUUAGGAUACACUCAGCAGAAAUGAAAAGAAUACCAAAUUGGCUGAAGUAAUGAAGUAUAUUGAGUCACAUAACAGGCUUUAAGGUGCUCCAGAGAUUUUUGAUUUAUCUUCAAAUUGAAAUAUCCAGAGGCUUAAAUUCUCUUCCAUUUUCCUGUCUGUAGUGUGGGCUGGUACCAAGACGAGAGACAGAUUUCCAGAUGUUAUUACAUACAGUCAUGACAAUAUCCAGAGAAAAGAACAAGUGUUUCCUAUGGCUCUCUCUUGGGAGCAAGGAAGCAUUUCCCAUUAGCCAGCAGUGUACAUCUGCUCAUACCUUAAUUGCUAAAAUGGGUCACAAUGUAAUUGCUGCAACAGUCACUGAUGACACUUUAGUCAUAGACUCAAACAUUUUAUUUAAAUAAGUCUAGGAGACUUUCAGAUUGCAUUAA